AUGGCUAGUCCUACCUCAUACGUCGCGGCCAUUCGUAGAUUGGAUCUCCAGGUAUAUUACUUGCCAGCAGUCGCAGAAGCUUCCGAGGCGGAGGCUGCUAUUCCUCGGUCGAGAUCAGUUUCCAGGAUCAGCCCUCGAGUAGCGGUGCAAGCGGAGCUUAAAACGCGUACAGCGAGGGCCGAGGAGAGCGGGGAUGGGAGAGGAGGUCAGAGGAGCAUCAGGAAAGUGGAAGGGGGAGAAAAUGGAGGUGGGGAUGAGUGGAUUGAGAGGGUAGUACCGGGGAAUGCAGUGGGGGAUGCAGCGGGGAAGAGUGAGGGAGGCAAGAGGAAGAGGAAGAACUAUGGCACGGGAGGCUGCAAGGAGGAGGAGGAGGCAGUGGUAGUGAUUGCUGGAGUGCUAAAGGAUAAAUUCGGGCCUCAGAUUGUGAGAGAGGAGUUGGAGGACCGGAGGGUCGUAUCUCCUGCCUCCCUCCUCUCCCUCUACCGCUUCUUCUCCUCCCACCUCGGCAUCUCCUCCCCUUCCACUGUCGCUUCCCUCCUCACCUCUAAGCCCCAACUCCUACGCUCCAAUCCCACCAAUGACUUCCUGCCACGUGUCCGUCUCCUCCAAGAGCUUGUGCGGGAAGUGGAAGAGGCACUGGAUCAAAGUGGAAUAGAGGGAGGUGGGACGCUAAGGUUGGGAGGUGGUGAUUUUUUGGACGUGGAGAAUGAGUCUGGAGCUCAAGAUGGGACCGGAGGGGGUGUAGUUGCUGCAGCUUUCUCUGCUACAGCUGCCUCUGCUACAGCUGCCUCUGCUACAGCUGCCUCUGCUACAGCUGCCUCUGCUACAGCUGCCUUUGCUACAGCUGCCACGGCCCUCCCCCUGCUGGACCUGCUACAGCUGUUCCUGUGGGUGACAGUGCCGCCGGCUGUAGCAGAGGAGCUGCUGUUGAAAGGGCUGCUGCUCAUGGACCUGCAAGAGAGGCUCGGAAGGUGA